GUAGCCCCAUUGAGGUUCAUCUUGACAUGACUUCAUUUAUUUACAACGCUACUACCAACUUCUUAAGUACAGCUUUCCACAGCUGAAAUGACAUGUGUGUGAUUAUGACUGCCUAGAACACCAGGACUAACCGGCACAUCACGGAUAUAGAUCGCAGCCGAGCUUUUUUUCGGUUAUUGUUGCAUUGUUUGUUUUGUCUAUUUGUGGUAGAAUAGUGUUAGCUGACGUAAGCAUUUAGCUUUAGCACUUAAGAGACAUCGAACAUAGCCCUUUACAUGGAUAAGGAUGACAUCUGUCUUAUCAGAUGGAGGAUAACUGAUGCAUAGUUCAAACUACCUUAAAAUACUACAAUCUGAAGUUUAAAUGAAUAUUUUAUGAUGAACUGUUACUUUGCUUGCUACCAGUUAGCUGUAGCUAAUGCUUGCUAACGAUGCCAGUUGCACCAGCAAACCAGUCCCAGCUGAUUCGCUCAUGUCAAAAGGACGAAUACUAUCAGACUUUCCUGAGAAACAACGCCAAUGAAGCUUUCCACACAGUUGCUGGAUCCAAGAGAUGGUUGAACUGGAGGAAAGAGGUAGAGCUACUGUCAGAUCUCACCUACUACACUUUGACUACAUUCUCAGGUUACCAGACCCUGGGUGAGGAGUACGUUAACAUUAUUCAGGUGGACCCCUCUAAACGACAGAUUCCAUCCCAGACCCGGCGGGCUCUCUUUGUCUUCUCCCACACUUUGAUGCCUUACCUUCUUGAUAAAGUCCUUGGUUGUCUGGAGAAUGAGCUAGAACAUGAGCCAGAGCGCUGUAACAGGAGUAGCAGCAGGAGACAGGGGCUGUGGAGUCCGGAGUCAUGGCUGAGGAGGUGGAUUCAGAAGGCAGUGGGUUUGUUGUCAGCAUCUCAGAGGAAGGCAUGUCUACCAGCUGUGUCAGUCCUCCAGCAGGGCCUGGACCUCCUGUACCGUAUGCACAUAGUGCUGUUCUACAUCAGAGGAUCCUUCUAUCACAUGUCCAAGAGGAUAGCUGGCAUCAGUUACCUCUGCGUGAUGGCACACAGCAAUGAUAACAGCGGCAUCAGGACCAGCUACAGGCUCCUGGGAGCCGUGUCCCUCCUUCAGCUGCUCAUCACCCUCUGUCUGCAGAUCAACAACUUCAGACAGAGACAGAGAGCCAGGCAUGAGUGGAAGCUCUACAGGAACCUCACUGCCAGUCCUCAGCACCAUCCCUGUUCCAGUCCCAAAGCGGCCCGUUGCAGUCUGUGUCUAGAGGAUAGGAGGCACUCCACAUCCACACCAUGUGGACACCUGUUCUGCUGGGAGUGCAUCAUGGAGUGGUGCAACACCAAGGCUGAGUGCCCCCUAUGUCGGGAGAAGUUUGAGCCUCACAGACUGGUCUACCUGAGGAACUACACCUAGACCUGAACAUACUGCACUCACACAUAAGACAUGGUACAGAGGCCCUUCAGUUUUUCAGUGGAAUGGUUUCUUUAAGUUGUUUGAAUUAAUUGUCUUAUUUCAUUAAAGAAAUUUAUUAAAGAAAUACAUUCUUUGUCAAUUGUGUAGUUUUAUAUGGUAUUAGUCAAAUGAUUUUAAACUAUGGAACAAAAAUCUAAGCGAAUGCUAAUAAAAUUCAGGCAGUGUCUAAAGAUG